AUGACGCUCUACUACAGUAUCGUGUUUGCACUCUUGUGCUUUGAGAUGUCCAUGUUCAUGGUCCUCAUCGUUCCUCUGCCCUUCACCUGGAGACGCAAGCUCUUCCACUUCCUGGCUACCAACCCUGUCGUUGCCAAGAUCCAGUACGGUCUCAAGAUCACGUUCAUCUUCGUCGCUGUCCUCUUCGUCGAUGCCGUUCAGCGCAUGGUCAAGGUGAUGAGCGAAGGCGAGACCGCUCGUGACAACCGAGGCGUACAGGAUGUUCGAACCGAGACCAACUACGCCGCACGAAAGUUCUACUCGCAGCGCAACAUGUACUUGACCGGCUUCACUCUCUUCCUCAGCUUGAUCCUCUCGCGAACCUACUCGCUUAUCCUUGACCUCAUCAACACUCAGGAGGAGCUCGUUGCCCUCAAGAAGGGAGCUAAGACCAGCGGGAGCGAUGCUGACAUUGAGAAGAAGUACCUUACUGAGAUUGACACGCUCAAGAAGCAGACUAAGCAGCAGCAGCAGGAGUACAAUCGCCUCAGCGACGAGCUCGCCAAGGCCACGGGCAGCGUCUCGACGAAGAAGGACUGA